CCGCCUCACAUGCAACACAAGUGACCUCAGUUUUCCGUGCGUGAUGUCUGGAUGUUAAUCGUUGUGAGCAUGUGAAACGUACCUUAAACAACCACCUAGUCUGUUUACAAUUAUAACCAACAUUUAGUUGACACUCUUCUUGUGUCAGGUUUUAAAUGGCUACGAUCCAGGAGCUCUCUCCAGAUUCAGGCCGUGCGGAGACUCGACCCCCUGAAGACGAGAUCGAGGGAGAUGAAGAAGAUGAAGAGCUGGAUGAAACGUUGCUGGAGAGGCUGUGGGGACUAACUGAGAUGUUUCCAGAAUCAAUGCGCUCAGCAGCUGAAGGAUCUGCCCAGUGUUCGCUGUCUAUAGCCAAAAAACUUUACAGUUUCUCCUGCUCAGCUCUGUGGAUCGGUACCACUUCCUUUAUGAUUCUGGUUCUGCCGGUAGUCUUUGAGACUGAGAGGUUACAGCUGGAACAACAACAAUUACAACAGCAGCGACAGAUUUUGUUGGGUCCAAAUGCUGGCAUGUCUGGGGGAAUGCCUGGAAUGAUGCCUCCUGCUCCUGGAAAGUUGUGAUGAAGGAUAUAAUGUAACAUAAAUGAGUUGCACAACAUUAAGAUGAUUGGAGACCUGUAGAAGAAAGGGAAAGAGAGAUUGAGCAGAAACUGAAGAAAAGAAGAUGAAGUGGUUGGUCACCAUCAAGAAGUCAUUACCUUGUUAUGGCUGUGUUCAAAGGACAGCAUGAUGACUUUACAUGAACUUCCUUCUUUCUCUGCCUUUCUCACAAAAACAUUCUGUAUAGACUGAUGUCCAAGCUCUGACCUUUUACUUUAUAUAGUUAUCUGAUAACACGUCUUUCAGAUUGAGACUAUAGCAGCUUUUUGAGAGUAUUUUGACUUUGUUGUAGAUGCACUGUAUUUCCAAAGGACUGUUCAGUUUAUCGCUCAAUGAUGGCCAUUGUAACACACUGUAUUGUUGCUUAAGUUGUAGUAAUAUUUGACAUCAUUUAAAAGAUAUGCAUUUUUUUAAUGAGGGCACACCAAGCCCAGUGUUGAUUGAAAUUAUCUGUGUCUACAGAUUAUGGUGGUUUCUUUGUUGAUUUAGAAAUGUUAAAUCUAUGGAAUUGGCUAUCUACCAACAGUGUCUUUUACAGAUCGAACAUCAUGCAAAGCUUCAAAAUGUGACUCAUGAGACAAGAACCAUACAGUGUGCAGAAUCAUUGUGAAAUAUAUUACAGAAAUACUGUUUUUUCAAAACAUAGUCAAUGUGUUCUUUGUCACUAAAUUACCAAUAGAUUAAUCCGGUGUGCUCCACAUGGCAGCAGGAAUAAAAUCAAGUCCAUCUUU